AUGACACUAUUCCACUACCAUCCAGAAAAAGAAAUCACUAUCCUGCAUCUCCUCGCCACAAGCAAGUUAUGGUCACAAUCUCGGCUGAAGGCCGAUACAGACGGUGACACGCCGUUACAUUACGCCUGUGUCGCUUUCGGUGGGCACAACGAGGAGAAAAUUCCGCUUGAUAUGUUCACAGACAGCGCAAUCGCGAAUGGAAACACCAAGCAAAAGAACAACCUCGGCUUAACUCCACUGGAAGCUAGAUUUUGGAGCUUCGUUGAUGGACAUCUAAAUUGCCAAGGCACAUCAGAUGUUCUUUGUAUUGAUUUUUUGACCUCGGAGAGCAUGGAGAGAUACACCGCGCCGCCGCCCGCUGAGAACUCUGUCAUCAAGCAGCGCCUUAUGGGUGAGCAUGCAGAGCAAGCCUGGUGGGAGUUGGAGAAAACCGCAGAAGUACUAUGGAAAUGGGAUGCCAAAAAACGGUCAAUGUUGCAGUCAAUGUACGGCAACAUUUGCGGUGUGAAGUUCUCUCCCACUCGGAACACAUUCUUUACCGGUCUGCGCACAGAGUUGAAAGUAGAUAUGGAACCCUCCCGACGGAUUCUAGAUAUAAGGGACUAG